GAAAUACCAAGUAAAGAGUGAGGGUGUAGGUUUUUGUGGAGCAUUAGGCAGUUCUCGUUCAAAUGAGUUAUUUAUUACCUAUUUACUCUUUCAAAUUAUGUAGACCAGUGCAUGGACGGCAUCAUUUGGAUUUACCAUGGCUUUCGGUGCCUUAUUCUCUAAGACAUGGAGGGUUCAUCGCAUUUUUAUGAACAAACUUAAAAAAACGGUGAUCCAAGACUACCAGCUAAUCAUUGUGGUAAUUCUUCUCCUGAUGAUUGACGCCUGCGUCCUUUCCACCUGGCAAAUACUGGACCCCAUAUAUACCACUUCUAAGACCUUCCCAAGGAGGAUUGACCAAGACGCUGACAUUGCCAUUUACCCAUACCAGACCUUCUGCACUUCAAAAUAUGAAAACUUAUGGACAGGUUUGCUAUAUGGUUACAAAGGCUUCCUUCUGCUAUUCUGCACCUACCUGGCAUGGGAAACUCGCAAAGUCCACAUGCCAGCGCUAAACGAUUCCAAGCAGAUCGGCUUUGCUGUGUACAAUGUGUUCAUUCCUUGUGUCAUUAUAAUUCCUAUACUGAACCUACUGGGGAGUCACAGUGAUGCAGUGUACUUGUUGAGCACUUUGCUGUGCCUUUUCUGUACUACCAUCACUCAGUGCCUGAUCUUUGUUCCAAAGAUUUUUGCGAUAAAACGCACGAAUGGUGACCCCUCUAGUUACGAGAAGGGUUCACUCUCUUCUGGCAAUACCGUUGACAGCAAAAUUUGCCCAUCACCUUCAGCACAAAGCCUUGAUCGUAAUUACAAAGCGGAGAAAACAACCCUUCCACCACAUGCUGGUUAAAAACAUCUUUACAUAUUGGUGAGUAUUUCACAUGAGCCCAAAACA